AUGAGAAAUAUUUCUGGUUCAAAUGGCUAUUGGUUUGACAUUGUUGACUCUCUUCCUGAAGACGCUGUUGAAAUUAUACAAUACUCAUAUCACACGUUAGAGAACUACUACUAUGUCCCAAGUGAAGAUGCCUUUUACUAUUUCAUGGGAACUCAAUACAGACGAAUGAAUGUCUUAAGACAGUAUAACAAAGAUUAUAUAAACAUUACAGAUGUAGAAGGAAGAAGAACAAAGCUGUCUAUUGCAAAGUUUAAGAGAGACAAUGAUUAUACAUAA